GCGCUGUUCCCAUCCUACGUGAAUGCAGCAUAAACUGUUGAGGUGAUCCAUGGCAACAGAGGAGCAGCAACCAACCGCCGAGCCUGUCCUACACACUCUUCCCUAGCUAACACACACACGUACCUCCAAUUUCUACACACUCUCCGUCAAUGUAGCCGGAAUGCACCGAGGAGGAAUCACUCUUAACAGCCCCCGUUGAGACAUUUCGGUAUCAAGGUGACCGACCGGGAGCCAGUCAGCUACCCGACAACGGCUCCACAUCAGCGCCAGGUGACAGCAGACAGGACCCGCACCUCGGACCGCUUUAACGGACACAUUUUUGAACGGACAAGAUGGUAGUAGCUAACGUUUCUGGAGCUUAAAAAUAACACAAUUCCUCCUUUAUUGUUAUUGUUAUCCGGAGCUGAGCAACAUGAAACCAAUUUUUAACAGUUUGUGGGCUGAAAAGGCAUCAUAUUUUUGAUUAAUUUGUGUUGUGUCGUGGCAAGAAUCCGACACUGUCCCGGUCCUCUCCUCCGCCGCUCGCUGGCCGUCUCCUCACACCGUCCACUUUAUUAUUACAGCCCAUAUCUCUCUUAAGCAUCUGAAGCAUCAUCGUGAAGAUGGCGACUGGGUCGGGUUGGCAGCAGUAUUACUGCCCUGCCGGUCAGGGGAAAUUUAGUUCAUCCUCAGCCAGCAGCAUGUCCUUUCAGACCGGCAUCACCAUGGAAUAUACCCAAGACCUGCACCUGAAGAUGAGCAAGAAAAUAGCACAGCUAACAAAGGUUAUCUAUGCACUGAACACAAAAAACGACGAACACGAGGCGGCCAUCGCCACUCUGAAGGAGGCCCAUGAAGAGGAGGUGCAGCAGAUUCUCUCCGAGACCCGGGAGAAGAUACUACAGUACAAGAGCAAGAUCAGUGAUGAGAUGGACCUGAAGAGGCGGAUCCAGUCUCUGGAGGAGUCCAUGGAGCUCCACGAGAGGAUGAAGAGACAGGCACUGGCUGAGUUCGAGAGCUACCGUCAGAGGGUGGAGGACAUGCAGCUUUGCACUGAGGCUCAGCACACGCAGCGUGUGGUGUCCAUGUCAAGGGAGGUGGAGGAGAUGCGACGGUCCUUUGAGGACAAGCUGCGUACAUUCAGCCAGGCCCAGACCCAGUUUGAGCAGGAGAAGAGGGCUGCUCUGGAGGAGCUGAAGGCCCAGCACAGACAGGAGAUCCAGGAGCUCCUCCGCAGCCACCAGAGUCAGAACGCAAACUACAGUAAAGACCAGGAGAAACUGGGGCAGCUCCAUAAAGCCGAGGUUGAUUCCCUGACGGAGAGGGUGGAGGAGCUCAAACAGGACAAGAAGAGGCUGGUGGAGGAGUACGAGGCUAAACUCAGCAAGGCUCAGGCGUUUUACGAGCGCGAGCUGGAGGCCAUGAAGAGAACUCAGCAGCUGACUGCCGACAACCUGUUGGCAUGGAAACGCACCGAGGCCGAGCUGCGGCGGGAAUUCCAGACUCAGGAGGCGGCGCUCCAGAAAACCCUCGGCAAACUGAGGGCCGAGUUGGCCAGGGUAUCGGACGAAGCUCGGGAAAACCGGGAGAAGUCCCACAAGCUUCAGGCGUCCCUCAACACAGCUGAGAGCACCGUCAAGGACUUAACCAAGCAGCUGGAUGAGGUGACCCAGAACUCAGAAAUUGUGGAGAUCCGUCAGAAGGAAGCAGAAUGUGAACUCGAGGCAGCCAGAGAUCGCGUUCAGCAGCAAGCAACUGAAAUACUGCUCAAAGCCAGUCAGAUAAGCAGCCUGCAGGCCACCCAGAUGACCCAGGAAGCAGCCAUCAGGGACCUGGACAACGAGCGGAGCCGGCUGAAGGACAAAGUGCUGAGGAUGGAAGAAGAAAGGGAGUCCCUGCAGAGCCAGAGCCAGGCGCUGGAUGAAAGACAGAGAGAACAGCUCCAGUCCCUAGAGAAGACCCUGCGUGAGGAGAAGUUGUCCCACGAGAAGGAGAUGAACAAUAUGCGAGCUCGAGCCGAAGAGGAGGCUAGCCAGAUGAAGGACGGCCAGGCUCGGGCUCUGGAGGAAGUCGCCAAGAAACACAGAGUGACCCUCGAGAAUGCUCUCAACAACGCCGAGAAGGACAAGAACCGCAUGCUGGCUGAGCUGGAGCAGCAGUUUGAGAGGGAGCGCCUCUCGCUGGAGGAGCAGAAGACAAUUCUCAGGCAGCAGUUGGAUGAGCUGAGUCAGGAGCUGACCUCUAAACUCACUGCAGCCAAUGAGGAGGUGGUCCGGCUGCAGGAGGAGGUGCGGCAGGGGGAGCAAGACAUCGGAACAGCAGAGGGACAGAUCUCCACCCUGAAGGAGGCGCAGGACAAACUGCUGGAGGAGCUUGACGCUACCAGGGCCCGACUGAGAGAGACCAGCAACCUGCUGACUGCACUGCAGGGAGAGUUGGAGACCCAGAAGCGUCAUCAUGAAGCCAAACUCAUCACCACCAAAGAAGAGGAGAAACUUAAGAUGGACAAGAUGGCUCUGGAGCUGGAGCUCAAAUGGACUGAAACACUCAGGCAGGAGUGUAAGAAGCUACGUGAGGAGCUGAGAGAGGACCACGAGGAGGACAAGGCCUCAGCGCUGAAUCAGCUGGCACAAACCAAGGAGCAGGAAAUGAGCAACGCCAGAGAGAGCUGGCAGAGGAAAGUGGAGGACCUGCUGGAACAGAUCUCCCUGUUGAAGCAGAGUCUGGAGAUGCAGCUGUCCCAGUCGCAGUCGUCGCUGCAGCAGCUGCAGCACCAGUUCAGCCAGGAGAGGGAGCACCUGAGGAUGCAGCUGGACGAGCUGCAGACGGAGCACCAGAGGCGACAGCAGCGUCUGCAGGAGGUCCACUGCUGCUCCAUGCAGGACAUGGAGCACGCCAGGCAGAGGGACCUGAAGGAGUUGGAGGAGCGUCUCCGCCAUCAUCACCAUGCAGAGCUGCAGUCUCUCAGAGAGGCUCAUCGCCAGAGCAUCGAGACGCUCAAACAGCAGUCAGAACAAGAGCUGCAAACACUCCGCUUUGAACUGGAAGACGAGGGCAAAGCCAUGCUGGCCUCUCUGCGAUCAGAGUUGAACCACAUCCAUGCAUCAGCCAUCGAACACCUGAGACAAACCCACCAACAAGAGUCAGCUGCUGCCAAGGUGGAGCUGGAGAAAACACUGGAGAACAACCGGAUACAGGAGCGUGAGCUGUUGGGCCGGAUCACCGAGUUGCAGGAGGAGGUCUCCAGGAGGAAGAACCACAUCGCUCAGCUGGACCACCAGAUCCACACGCUCAAUGAAAAUAUCAGCACUCUGACUAAAGAGCUGGAGCUCAAGGGCAAGGAGGUGCUCAAGAUCCGCAGCGAAGCCAAUCAGCAGAUCAGGGCUCAUGAACAAGAGUUGACGAAGAGGCACGAGAGGGAGCUCGCCGAAAUGAGCGCUGUCCACAGCAGAGAGACGCAGAACAUGCUGUCAGACUUCAACAAAGCCCAGGAAGUGCUCAAAGACAAGAUCUCCGCCCUUCAGAUACUGCUGGAGGGUACAGAGGAAAAGUUCAGGAACAGGGAGAGUCGUCCUGAAGAUCUGCAGCUCAUCGCCGAGCUUAAGGACAUGGUGUCUGAGAGAGAAUCUCUAGUCAAGAAACUGGUGGACGAUAAGAAGUUCUACCAGCUGGAACUCGUCAACAGGGAGACCAACUUCAACAAAGUGUUCAACGCCAGUCCUAACGUAGGAGUUAUCAACCCGCUCAUUAAGCAAAAGAAAAAGAAUGAGAAAACAGCAGCCAGCAGAUUCAGCAGCUCUCCUAGUGUCAGGGCUCUGGAGGCAGCGGGUAUGGGCGUGGGUGUGGCGGGUUCAGGAAGUGGGCAGUCCCCACAGCCCCCACCCCCGCCCCCAGCCCAGCCAAGCCGCCUAGAGCCCAUCCCCAACUCCCCCCUUCACCAUCUUGAACUCAACUCCAACAAACCUCUUCCCCCGCCGACCCCUCCCACCGAACCCAAGAAAUUCAUGAGCCCUCCUGAAACGAAGGACUCUGCCAUCGACUCCCCGGACGCCCAGCGCCAGGAGUGGUUCGCUCAAUACUUCUCCUUUUGAUUGACCACAAACCUGCAAACACAAGGAUUCAGCAUGUCAACCAAACUUAAAAAAAUGAAGAAAAAACACAGAAAAAAGAGAAAAAAUUGUUAAAACUAUUUGUUCUUUAUUGUCAUUGAUCGGUUCGGGGAUCAGUUCACUUUGAGUUCGGCCAACUGAGACUGUAAUUAUUGGUUUGAGAAUUGAUUCUCACAGAGAACUCGAUGUCAUUCACUUUGGUUAAAAAAUAAAUAAAUUUAAAAAAUGUAAUGAUUAUCCACUUCCUGUUGUUGACUGAGGUGAAACUGAAUUGAAUCCGAACCCUGACCGUCAAAUGUCAUCACUCUGAUCUGAUUUGAUUGUUUGAUUAUCUCUGAUUGUUUCACUGUGGACGAGUUUCUCUCUUAGUACAGUGACAAUGAUCAUCAGUAUGUUUGAUGUUAAUUUUAUUUAUUUACUUCCUAACUUAUUUUGCAGUUUCUCGGAACUAGAAAAAAAUGAGUGGUGCAUUAUCAUGCUGCUAAUUGCCAUUGUUGGACUACAGUAAGAAAUAUAUAUAUAAAGAAAUAUACGGUAGGUUAUUGUGCUCUCUCUGUACGUGGGCCCACUGCAUACAGCAUCUUAGACUAGGAGCGCUGAUCUAAGACCAGUUUGCCUCCUCAUUUAUGGUGACAUUUACAUGGACCUGAUCCUAGAUCAGUUACACUGCUCUGAUAUGCUCCAUGAAUACAGGCUCUGAUUUUAGGACGGCACCAUCAUGGCAAGUUUGUUACAGCUGCAUAGAAGUUUCAGCAGAUUUUGGUAGAAUAUUAAAACCUGUUUGUAUGGUUGUCUGUCUCAACACAGAUAUAAUGAUGUCUCACCAAUUUUAAAAACAAAAAUAGCAUAUUUUAUAUUUAUAUUAUAAUGUGUAUGCUUAAUAAAUAAUUAUUGUGACA